AAGCCAUACGGACCAACAAAUGUCGUAAAUUUCAAUUUCUUCUUUACAACGGCUCACUUCUUUUUUUGUGUCCAUUUGAAAUUCGUUUUCAAGAAUUGGGAGUCCUCGCUCCUCUCCUUGGAUUAAGCGCCAGAAUCUCCUUUCAUUUUGGUAUGAUUUUUUUUUUUUUUUGCAACCGCAUACGACCUAAAAAAAAAAAGAGAGAAUCUCUGCAUGUCAUGUUUCUUUAAACGUCUUGUUGAGAAUGCCCAUUGUUUAUUUAUUUGUUUGUUGAAAACCUCGCGCACGCGCACUGGUGAGUGAGGGCGCGGUGGACGACGGGAAGAAGAGGAAAGCGAAACUCGUCGGGUCUCCCGCAACUCUUCAGUGGUGCGGUCUGCGUUCGAAUUCCGGCGACGGAGAGGGGGUGGGCUCCCACUCUGAUGGGGAUGAAGCCCACCGCGAUGACGCACGACGGCGGGGCCGCGCACGCCGGGAAGAGGCUCCGCUUUCAGCGGCCGUACGCAUCGGUUCCGCAGUUCACCAACUCGCCCACCAUGAUCGUGAUGGUGGGACUGCCCGCCCGCGGGAAAACGUACAUCUCCAAAAAACUCACCCGCUACCUCAACUGGAUUGGCGUCACCACCAAAGUGUUCAACGUGGGGCAGUACCGGCGAGAUGCCACGCGCGCCUACAACAGCUUUGAGUUCUUCAAGCCCGACAACACAGAGGCCAUGAAGAUCCGCAAGGCGUGCGCCAUCGCCGCGCUCCAGGACGUUUGUGACUACUUCAACCACGAGCAGGGUCAAGUGGUGGUUUUCGACGCCACCAACACGACACCGGAGCGCCGCGAACUCAUCCUCAGCUUUGCAAAGGAAAACGGGUACAAGGUUUUCUUUGUGGAGUCCAUAUGUGAUGAUCCAGAGAUCAUUGCCGAGAAUAUUAAGCAAGUGAAGCUAAGCAGUCCCGAUUACAUCAACUGUGACAAGGACGAGGCUGUGGCAGACUUCCUGAAGAGGAUUGAAUGCUACAAGUUGACCUACGUAGCGCUGGACGACAUUAAGGACAGGAACUUGUCCUACAUAAAGAUUUUCAACGUAGGCAGCAGAUACCUGGUGAACCGCGUGCAGGACCACAUCCAGAGCAGGAUAGUUUACUACCUCAUGAACAUCCACGUCACUCCGCGCUCCAUCUACCUGUGUCGCCAUGGCGAGAGCGAGCUCAACCUGGUGGGACGCAUCGGCGGGGACUCCGGCUUGUCGGCUCGGGGUACCGAGUUUGCCAACACUUUGGGAACGUACAUGCGCAAGCAGAACAUCAGCGAUCUGAAGGUGUGGACCAGCCACAUGAAGAGGACCAUUCAGACGGCGGAAGGUCUGGGGGUUGCGUAUGAGCAGUGGAAGGCUCUCAAUGAGAUUGACGCUGGUGUGUGUGAGGAGAUGUCCUACGAGGAGAUUCAGGAGAAUUAUCCGGAAGAGUUUGCAUUGCGAGACCAAGACAAGUAUCGCUACCGCUACCCAAAAGGCGAGUCUUACGAGGACCUUGUGCAGCGCCUGGAGCCCGUCAUCAUGGAGCUGGAGAGGCAGGAGAACGUGCUGGUCAUCUGCCACCAGGCCGUCAUGAGAUGUUUGCUGGCGUACUUCCUGGACAAAAGUGCAGCGGAACUGCCCUACCUGAAGUGUCCUCUUCACACGGUUCUCAAACUCACCCCAGUUGCCUACGGGUGUAAAGUGGAGUCCGUCUUCCUGAAUAUUGAGGCUGUGAACACACACCGGGAUAAACCUGAGAACGUGGAUGUGGACAGAGAAGCAGAAGAGGCACUGGAGACUGUCCCGGAGCACAUUUAGAUCGCUACGGGCAGGCGAGCUAACAACCAGCCCUGUUUAUUUCCUCAGACACAAUGGGAAUUUAAUUAGGUUUUAAAUUGGAAUCUUAUCAGAUGCGUCGACUUUGACUGUUGUACCAACGGAACAAUUACAGGUUUUGUACACAAAUACUUGUUGCUGGAGUUGCUGCCCAUCUGUCAAGUGAUAAAUUACCCAACUAAGUUUGCUCCUUAUUUCUGAAAAUGUGUCAUUAUCCCCAUCCGCCCCUCUAACUAUCGGUACUUAGUAACAGCCCCACACUGACUAUUUCCACCAAAGACUUGGUAACUAACGAUGGCCGCCUACUUUUAAUGCUUUACACACAAGUAUUGAAUUCAAGCAUGUCCACGGCAAGUGAACAAGCAUUUGUACAACAGUGGCGCUUUUGUCUAGCUCUAGUCAAUAUUUAUGAUAUGGUGCUAAAUCUCCCCAACAGUGCCUGAGGAUCAUCCUCAGGCGCCUCAAGUGACUCAAAGAAGAAGAACAGCAAAAAACAAAAACAUUCACUCUUCUUCUUUUUGGGUGUCCUCCUUGGAAUAGUUUUUCUUCAAUUUGUGUUUUCUCUAAUCCGCCUCACAACAUGGAAAGUUUUCUUUUUCUGGUCUGUUGACCUCCUCCCUAUUUACCUGUAUCAUAUAAUAUAAAAAUAUACAUAUGAAAUAACUAUACAUACACACACCCAUCACCACAAUAAUUAGUCUCUUUUGGAAUAAUUAUUAAUUACAGCCUUCCUAGCAACACACUGUACAUAAGUUGAAAAGAAUAUUAAAUAAAAUAUCCAAGCCCAAAAUGGCAAUAAUCCCUCUGUUUGUUACGAUAACCAUAAAAGCAUUUUGAGGAAGCCAAGACGAUCCAGCAUUGCCAACUCAGGAAUUUUGUACCUCUAUGUAUUUUCUCUGGCUGAAGCAGCACUUCAUCAUCAAGCCGCCCAAUUAUGCUUGCAGUUAGUGUAGCGGAUUCAAACAUGCAAGUAUUUACUAGUUAUUAGUAUCCAGCACUCAUUAAAAAAUGGCUUUAAAAUGGCAGAUCUGAGCCUAGCCUCGCUGACAAGUCAUGGGUGGGUUUAUGUCAGUCGUCGCACUUGAUCAAACGUGAGAUGACACAUUUUCAGAAAUAAAACUUAAAUGUGAUGCACAAUGGCAAAUACACAAUUAAUUCUUCUCUUCACUGAAUCAUAAUUCUUAUAUGCACUUUAUGGAUGCUCAGGAAGUAAGUAACUAAUCAUUAGGGAACCAAUUGCAAUAAUUGAUAGGCUCAUUUAGUGCUCUGAUUUUUUUUUUUUUUCUGUUGUCCUUGUUGGAGUUUCAUUUGUUUUUCAUUCUGUGUAUGCACUGUCAACAAACAUGGACUCCUAGCACAAUGCUAGCUAGGAGGGCAAGGAGAGUGAUUGACGUGUGGCGUGAAAAUUAAAUUUGUCUUAGUGUGGAGUCAUCUGCAUCAAACGGGUCAAAACAUCUUGACAGCUGUUACCGGACUGCUAGCUAGCUAGUGUAGGGAUUUGCGAGUUUGGACCCUACGUGUGUUCACGUGUCGGGGAAGAUAUGACGAAUGAUUAGAAAAGGUUAACAGCAAAUGGAUUUAUUACAAAGGAAUGUGCAGUACAGACAUCCGGGUCUUAUGUAGGUAUCUGCCGCACACGAGACGUGUGUAUUCUGGCAGGAUAGCCAAAGAAGAAGACAAAAGCUGCCCAGUAACACAAGAUUUUUAUAUGUAUGGGUCCAUUGUAAAAGUGGCAACCCCCCACUACCGCAGUCUGGUCCUGGGCCAGGAUGGUAACUUUCCGCUCCUUAUCGAGUGUCGUUCGUUUACACGGCAACGCCUAGGAGAGGAGGAUGGCGCCAGCCAGUUUUCUGCGUACAAAGAUCAAGGACAACCACCGGCUCCACAACACAUCCUUGUCUGAUUAGCAAAUGGGCAAGACUUUAUCCAUUGAUUAAAUGUAUAAGGUCAUAUUUAAGCAAAUAAUGAAAGUGCAAUAAAAGUAAAAUAGUCUUCAUUAGCCAUGUUAGUUAGUGAUAUGAAUCUUUCCAAUCAUCCACUUCAUCGCAGCACGGAGUGAGUGCAAUGCUAAUAGCUAGCGUGACUUUCUUGGAAGUAGCACCCAACACCAUUGCGUGCCUGACACAAAUGCCCAAAUUUUAUGAAGUUGUCCAUGCACUGUGCAGAAUUGUGGCAUUUAUUAGGAUGCACAGCUGGGGAGUGGUCCAAUCACAACAUGUUAUUUUAUUUCCAAUGACACCAAUUGGAAUGUUUCUUCUUUGGGGGUUUUUGUUCCCCCCCAUUCUCUGCUGGAGAAUCUUUUUAAAUGUUUGACCACACACCAGUGCUGUGCAGAUGUCUGGAACCGAAUUGGCUAUGGUGACGUCUCCCCAAAAGACAAUUUGUUGUUGUUGUUGGUGGGAUUUGGGUGUGGGAGAAUGCGAAUGAAAAAAAAUCCUAAGCGAAAUUCUGGUUAGUCAGUUGGUUUGAAACCCCAACCUCCAUCCAGGUGGAUGCUGGGGACCACUGCCCAUACCGUAUCAUACCAAGAGGAAGAAACUUCACAAAUCCAAAUAUUGAAAACAGAAAUAUCCUGUUCACUUGUACUUAUGUAACUAGCUACAGAAAAUAUAAAAAAUCAUGCAAACAUUGUCUUAAGACUGCUUGGCCUUAAAAAAAAAAAAGCAAAUAAAGUAAAUAUGUACUCUU